AGUGCAGUUAUGGCAACAAACAACUGUAACAAGACUAUUUUCAAAUGUUCCAACUGACUUUGGAGACGUCAUGGUCGAUUCCACUACAACAGGUCUUAACCUUGAGGCGACAACCACCAUCUUUCUCAGGCUAAGCCUGAAUUUGACAUAUACAAUCGAGUAUCGGGUUUUAGGAUCAACUGCUUACAGCACUUUUGGUGUCCAAGAUCGAAUACCAGGUGCUGAAUCAGUUCUCUGCAAUGCAAGGGACCGUAGACAUCGUGUCUCUCCGAGUGACACAGAUCCUUCCGGGCUCGACAGCCACAACUACUACAGUCGACGUUGAGGUAGUGACCACGGCAUCCCAAGUGUCGAGCGUCCAAGGAAGGCUGACUAACAUUACCGCACCUGGUCAAAUACUUGGUGGGGCUACCGUCAUCUCUUCGCAAGUGGCCUUGACAGCUCCAGUUUGCAGCGUUCGAGUGGAUCUUGUCUUCGUCUUGGAUGGAACUGGUAGCGUGGGAGCCGACAAUUUUGAGAGGAUGAAGACCUUCGUGCAGAAGAUGAUCAGCGACUUUGAGAUUGGGUCCGAGGCAACGCGCAUCGGCGUGGUCGUCUACUCCCACCGUGCAGAGCUGGCGAUCAGCUUGGAUGCCUUUGAGGACGGAGGAGCUCUGCAAGAUGCGGUCGCUGCCAUCGCAUACCCGGGCGGUUACACUCGAACAGGAGCAGCCAUCGACUACACCACCACGUCUGCCUUCUCCACAAGAAACGGGGCUCGAGAAGGAGUCGUCAGAGUAGCCAUCAUCCUCACCGAUGGCAUAUCAUAUGAUGACCCUUCGGAGCCGGCUCAGAGUAUGCGCAAGGCGGCCAUUAUCACCUAUGCCGUGGGGAUCGGAAGCAAUCUUGACCGCGAUCAGCUGGAUGUUAUUGCCGGAGUGCCAGAGAACCUGAUGAUGCUGGAUAACUUCAGCAUGCUGGACAACCUGCGAACCACCCUGCCCGGUCGAGUCUGUGCCGGCGCUACCAGUGAACAGAUUCUCAUCAGAAUCCUCAUCACAUCAACACGAUUCGAUGUCUCUCUGUUGAACGCCAACUCUACAGCAUUCCAGACCAUCUUGUACCAAAUCAACACAGCCUUCCUUGGCUACUUCCCUGGAGUCCCUGGAUUCACCGCACCUCUGGUGUCUCUAGCACCUGGUCCUACUGGUGACUCCGUCGUGGCCAUGUGUUUGGGAUGGGUGCCAGCGUUUGCCUCCAACACCGUAAGAUCUGGUUUACUGACCGCGCCAGCACAGCUCAACAAUCUAACCAUCGACACGACAUUCACAAGUGUCGUAGCUGCACGUACAUCCGUGGUCUUCGCCAGGCUAGUUGUGAAUGUGAACUACACAGCAGAGUACCAAGUCCGUGGGUCUGCUGCAUACGACGCCUUGAUUCUUCGGCUGCAAUACCAGGUGCUGAAUCAGUUCUCUGCAAUGCAAGGGACCGUAGACAUCGUGUCUUUGCGAGUGACACAGAUCCUUCCGGGCUCGACAGCCACAACUACUACAGUCGACGUUGAGGUAGUGACCACGGCAUCCCAAGUGUCGAGCGUCCAAGGAAGGCUGACUAACAUUACCGCACCUGGCCAAAUACUUGGUGGGGCUACCGUCAUCUCUUCGCAAGUGGCCUUAACAGCUCCAGUUUGCAACGUUCGAGUGGAUCUUGUCUUCGUCUUGGAUGGAACUGGUAGCGUGGGAGCCGACAACUUUGAGAGGAUGAAGACCUUCGUGCAGAAGAUGAUAAGCGACUUUGAGAUUGGGCCCGAGGCAACGCGCAUCGGCGUGGUCGUCUACUCCCACCGUGCAGUGCUGGCCCUCAGGUUAGAUGCAUUUGAGGACGAAGGAGCACUACAAGAUGCGAUCGCUGCCAUCGCAUACCCGGGCGGUUACACCUUGACAGGAGCGGCCAUCGACUACACCACCAUGUUUGCCUUCUCUACAAGAAACGGUGCUCGAGAAGGAGUCAUCAGAGUAGCCAUCAUCCUGACCGAUGGCAUAUCAUUUGAUGACGUAGCGAAUCCAGCUCAGAGUAUGCGCAAGGCGGCCAUCAUCACCUAUGCCGUGGGGAUCGGAAGCAAUCUUGACCGCGAUCAGCUUGACAUAAUUUCUGGAUCCCGACGUAACCUGUUUAUGUUGGAUGACUUUAGCAAACUAGAAGACCUGAGAACUCAAUUGCCUAGCCGGGUUUGUGACGUUGGCUCCAGCGUUGUGUCCAUCGUGUCCUUAGUAGUAACAUCUCAAGAAUACCGACUGGAGCUUCUGGAUGCUAAUUCUACACUGACGUUUGGUUUAAUUGCUGAGAUCCAAUUCGCUUUAAAUGCUAUCAGUGAUACCACACAAGGACUGUUAACCUGGCAGUCAAUUUGCUUCCUACCAGGGCCUUUCGGAGCCGUCGCCGUGUCACUGCAACUUGCAGCACAGCCAUUUGCUGUCAAUACCAUUGAAACAACAAUCGCCACCCUCACAUCACUGGGAAGUCUUCAAAUCAAUCCAUCAUUAACAACUAUAACAGAUGGCGCUACAAGAAGAAGUAUUAUCAUCACGCUGGAACUCCAUCUCACCUACACAGUGGAAUUUGGGGAUGUUUCGUCAGUGUCCUAUACCAACUUGAGUGUCAUUUUAGAAAAUGGGUUACUGCAAAAAUUCACGGACAGCCCAGCAGACAUCCAGUCGGUAUCUAUUACGUCGGUGGCUCCUGGACCGACCGCAACUACCACAUCGGUAACUGUGAGUGUAGUGACGCUAGGUGCAAAUGUCGACGCCACCACCCAAAUCAUUGUCAACACUACAGCGCCUGGAGCACGGAUUGGACCCUUGCCUGUAGUCUCGUCUACGGUUGGAGAUACGACUCCUCCCUGUAGUGCAGUAGCAGACAUUGUCUUUGUUGUGGACGGCACUGGCAGCGUCGGCCUGGAGAACUUCGAGCGAAUGAAGACCUUCAUCAGCCAGUUGCUCGCCUUCUUGGAUAUUGGAGAAAAUGCCGUUCGCGUCUCUAUCGUUCAGUAUGCAGUUCAAGCCCGCACAGAGUUCUUCCUUGACCAGUACUUCGACCUCCAGGCCCUGCAAGACGCAGUGGAAGCUAUUCAAUACAUGGGCGGCUACACAAAGACGGGUAAUGCCAUCGACUUCGCCACCAAUGUCCACUUCGACGUCAGGAACGGCGCCCGAGCCACCGUGACCAAGAUAGUUGUCGUCAUCACCGACGGCAUAUCUCAGGACGACGUCCAACGUCCUGCUCGGAGGAUGCACCAGGCAGGAAUCGUCACCAUCGCUGUUGGUGUGGGCUCCAACCUGGAUAGCGACCAGCUACUGGCUAUCGCAGGAGAUCCCAACACUCUCCUGUCUCUUGAUGAUUUCGACAGACUACAGGACUUGACUACUACCCUGCCCAGCAUGCUUUGCGACGUUGGUACCAGUCAGCAGAUUGUCGUCUCCAUCUGUGUCACAACUACAUACGAUGUCCUGAUUCUCAACGCCAAUUCCAGUGUUUCCACGGCACUUUUCCAACAAGUUGUUCAAGGGUUGACGACCACCGUUACAAGCAGUCCUGGUAUAGCAGCCCUCCAACCCAUUGGCUUCGCACCUGGCUGCGGAGGCGUAGUUUCGACCGUGCAAUGCGCCGUUGCUCCCUUCGCCCUGGAUACUGUACAGACCACCUUCCAGGAUCUACAACCCGACUUCGGAGACUUGACGAUUGAUCCUGGGCAAACUACCGUUGUGUCUGCUGACACCAGAACAACCAUCAUAGUCACAGUGGAGCUAACUCUCACCUACAUCGAGGACUACCAAGAUACGUCGUCAACGGCCUAUGUCGACUUGGGUGUCACUAUCGAAGAUGCGGUGCUCCAAGCAGUCACCACCACCCCGGCAGACGUCCAGUCGGUAUCCCAUUACUUCAGUGGCUCCUGGAACGACCGCAACAAGCACAUCGGUGACUGUGAGUGUAGUGGCGCUAGGUGCAAAUGUCGACGUCACCACCCUGCAGUAGCAGACAUUGUCUUUGUGUGGACGGCACUGGCAGCGUCGGGCCUGGAGAACUUCGAGCGAAUGAAGACCUUCAUCAGCCAGUUGCUCGCCUUCUUGGAUAUUGGAGAAAACGCCGUACGCGUCUCUAUCGUUCAGUAUGCAGUUCAAGCCCGCACAGAGUUCUUCCUUGACCAGUACUUCGACCUCCAGGCCCUGCAAGACGCAGUGGAAGCUAUUCAAUACAUGGGCGGCUACACAAAGACGGGUAAUGCCAUCGACUUCGCCACCAAUGUCCACUUCGACGUCAGGAACGGCGCCCGAGCCACCGUGACCAAGAUAGUUGUCGUCAUCACCGACGGCAUAUCUCAGGACGACGUCCAACGUCCUGCUCGGAGGAUGCGCCAGGCAGGAAUCGUCACCAUCGCUGUUGGUGUGGGCUCCAACCUGGAUAGCGACCAGCUACUGGCUAUCGCAGGAGAUCCCAACACUCUCCUGUCUCUUGAUGAUUUCGACAGACUACAGGACUUGACUACUACCCUGCCCAGCAUGCUUUGCGACGUUGACGACCACCGUACAAGCAGUCCUGGUAUAGCAGCCCUCCAACCCAUUGGCUUCGCACCUGGCUGCGGAGGCGUAGUUUCGACCGUGCAAUGCGCCGUUGCUCCCUUCGCCCUGGAUACUGUACAGACCACCUUCCAGAAUCUACAACCCGACUUCGGAGACUUGACGAUUGAUCCUGGGCAAACUACCGUUGUGUCUGCUGACACCAGAACAACCAUCAUAGUCACAGUGGAGCUAACUCUCACCUACACCGAGGACUACCAAGAUACGUCGUCAACGGCCUAUGUCAACUUGGGUGUCACUAUCGAAGAUGCGGUGCUCCAAGCAUUCUCCACCACCCCGGCAGACGUCCAGUCGGUAUCCAUUACUUCAGUGGCUCCUGGAACGACCGCAACAAGCACAUCGGUGACUGUGAGUGUAGUGGCGCUAGGUGCAAAUGUCGACGCCACCACCCAAAUCAUCAUCAACACCACAGCUCCGGGGACACAGCUCGGAAACUUGCCUGUAGUGUCAUCUUCUGUUGGAGAUACAACGCCACCAUGUUCUGCCGUUUUGGAUCUUGUGUUUGUGCUUGAUGGCACUGGUAGUGUCGGUGAAGAGAACUUUGAGAGGAUAAAGGCUAUUGUUCAGAAGUUAGUGACGAAUUUCAACAUAGGUGCCGGCCAGACCCGCGUUGGUAUAAUUCAGUAUGCCAACAUUCAACAAAUGGAGAUUAGUCUUGAUGCGUACAGUGAUGUUGACAGCUUAGUGGAAGCCAUUGGAAACAUCGGAUACAUAGGUGGGAACACCCUAACCGGACAAGCUCUUGAUUACACCUGGAAGUUUGGGUUUUCUCCCAACAACGGUGCUCGCACUGGUGUUGUGCAAGUGGCCAUAGUAAUCACGGAUGGGGUUUCUGAUGAUGAAGUAUCAAACCCGGCACAAAGGAUGCGCAAGGCACAGAUUGUCACCUACGCAGUUGGGAUUGGCAGCAACCUUGACAAUGAUCAACUCCUCUCUAUUGCUGGCACCGCAGGAAAUGUCGUUAUGCUUUCAGACUUUAACCGUUUAACAGACUUGGCAACUACUCUUCCACAACAAGUUUGUGAGGUCGGCAGAGGUGUCCAGCUCUUCAUCGGUCUAUCUGUCCCCUCUGUGACAUUCGACGAUAAUCUCUUGAAUGCGGACUCUUCAGCAUAUGUGACUCUUGUGCAGCAGGUCAAUUCAGGGGUGACUCAAACUUUGGGCCAGAUUGCAGGACUGAAUGUCAUCCAAGUCAUCAACUUUGUACCUGUGGAUACUGGAGUUGUUGUUUACUGCCAGGCGUCGGCUGGUCUUUGGGCAUCAGACUCCGUGACUCAGUCCAUUGUCUCACUGACAGCCUCUUUUGGACCCUUGACUAUUGACCCAGCAGCAACCGAGGUUGCACCAUUGGAUGCUGUGAAUUUGUAUGUAUCGAUGGAGAUCCAGCAAGCGUUCAGUGGUGAACUCAUGAAUCCAUCAAGUGCUGACUUCCAGACACUUAGUACCAGCCUACAAAUCAAUACAUUCAACACAAUUCAAGGAGCAUUGUCUGUCAGCAUAAUUCAAUUCAGCGCAGGUUCCACUGCCACCACCACCUAUGUCGUACUGCUCAUCGUGGUGAAGACAUCAGUUCAAACUACCUUCAUCCAAAACUUUGAUACUGCCAUCCAAUCUGGCUCAUAUGGAACUUUGACUGUUGUCUCUGGUUCUAUCGCGAUAACAGAGCCUCCCUGUCCAAAUGAGCUGGAUAUCAUCUUUGUGCUGGAUGGAUCUGGCAGUGUCGGAAGUGACAACUUUGAGAAGAUAAAAACCUUCGUUAGCAAGACUGUGGCCCGCUUCAACAUUGGCCUUACAGAGACCCAGUUCGGUGUCAUUCAGUACAAUACCCAGCCCCAUUCUGAGAUCCUCCUGAAUGACCAUCAAGACGCAGCGUCUCUCCAACAGGCCAUCUCUGAUAUCCGCUACCUUCAGGGUGGCACGAACACGGGACAAGCCUUACGGUAUCUCGCAAACAACGCCUUCUCGACCAAGAACGGUGCCCGUGCAGGAGUCAGCAAGAUGGCGAUUGUUGUCACCGAUGGCCAGUCCGCUGACGAUGUUGUGCGACCUGCACUGAAUGCUGGGAAAGAGGGUAUCGUCUUGUACGCUGUCGGGAUUGGAGGAGAGGUAGACUACCAGGAGCUGCGGGACAUUGCCAGCUCAGCCGAUAAGGUCUUUAACGUCACAGACUUUAGUGGAUUGCAGAGCAUCGGAAAUACCCUUCCAGACCAGGUCUGCCAAACUGGAGUUGAGGUCUUUGUCCAAAUCCCCAUCACCAGCCAGACGUUCACUGGAGAACUGCUCAACCCCCUGUCAGUGGAAUAUACCUCCUUCAGUGCUGUCAUUGCAGGCUGGGCAACAACAACAUUGCAGAGUGUGUCUGGGUUCCAGAGCUACCAAAUUGUGGCCAUCAGACCUUCGUAA